CGUUAAUAUUCUGCUGGAAAACCCCACAGCAUUUUGUUUUUCAACUCUCAACUAUAGAGGGCGCUAAAUCACAAAGACACUGGCGACAGAAAAAGAUGUCUGCCUCCUGUAGUCGUCAGGUUGUGCCGAUGGGUAUGCGGUGUGUUUUUUUGGCAGCAGAACCGGUGUCAUAAUGCCGAAAAGCAACCGCAACUGCGCCGUUGGUGGGUGCUCUCACACCCAGAAGACUUGCCCCAAGGGGAGAUUCGUGGGUUUCCCAAACGAGGAGAAGCAGCCGGAGAGACGAGCGCUGUGGGUUAAGCUCGUACAGCGAGGAAGCCAAUGGGUACCCACAAAAAACAGCCGGGUCUGCGGCUGCCACUUCUGCGGGGGCUACAAGGUUGAUGACCCCAAUGACCCAGCCUACAACCCCAGCAUAUUCCCCCCAGCGCCGGAGUUGGACAGGCGAGUCCGGAAGACAAUGAUGGAGGAGAUGUACCGCCAAAAGGCACAAGAGGUACAAGCAAUUGUUGACCACCCCCCACCCUUACCACUUCCUACCAACCAGAGGCAUGAAAAUGACGACCUCAUGAAGUAUGUGUCAGCAGCGUUGGAUCUGUCCAAAGAAGCAGGAGAAGAGUACGCCCAGGCAGUGAAGGCUGAAAAAGAUGCUUUGAAGUCAAAUCAUGAACGAAUAAAUGGUCCCUUAACGAGCACAGAUGGUGCUCAAGAGGCCGAUUGCCACCAGCUAACCUCCGCCAAUCAAGAAAGUCCCUCAAGAGUUAAGACUGCCUCAGGUGUUACCACUAGCGAUGAGCUUGACGGCAAUUGUCAGUUUAUAUCCGGCGGUCAACUGAGUGCACAAGAUGAGUUAGUAAAGGAUGGUUCUUUGUCAGUGGAUAGUACUCAUGGAUGGCUGUACAUCAAGCAGUCUAGGACUUUGGGCAGUGCAGUGAAUGCAGCUUGUGGCAGCCAUGAGCCCGGAUUCAGAAAGAGGAGAUUACUUCACGCCAGUCAUAAGCCACAGGGUCCAAUGCGCUUGCAGAAGUCGGUGCCAACAAGCCGCAAGUCAUCAGGAAACCUUAGUGUAGCUAAGCACCCCAGGAAUGUACAGAUAAGACACUUUACUAGAGCAGUAGGCAGUGUCGAUUUGAACAGGGCCAGGGCCUUAAAUGCGUCCGCUUCUCCAUUGGAGCAGAAUGCGACAACGGGUACGCAACCUCACAACUGCAUCCUGUCUAACUUGCUGACGAUGCACCAGUCUAAAGAAACACAAACUGUCUUGAGUGUGGCCAGUCUUGCUGAUUGGAACACCUCAUCCCUACAGACUCGAGGCAGGUGUUUUGGAUUCCAUGGAUGGAAUGAUAUCUGCUUCUCGGAGACCACUGUCAGGAGGGUCACAGGGGUUACGCCAGAAGUCUUUGAUCUUCUUCUAGAUCAACUCCCGGAAGUCAUGCCUGGACUGCCCUCCCACAACUGUCUGCUCCUGUUUCUCAUGAAGCUCAAAAUGAAUGUGCCAUUUGAGUUCCUCGCCACUGUGUUUGGUAUUACAGCUCCCACUGCCAGCAACAUCUUCUCUCACGUUUUGGCCACCCUAGUCGGGCUCCUCUCAGAUUUAGUCCGGUGGCCGUCUGGUAGCUUGGAAGAUUCGCUGCCACAGGAAAGCCAUUGGAGACGUAUUCCAGGAUUGAGGGUUGUCAUUGACUUCUUGAUUAUCCAAACAGAGUGGCCUUCUCCAGAGCACCAACCCGAGAUGCUGUCAAAGGAGGAAGGCACGGGUGCUGUCAAGAUCCUUGUAGGGCUGUAUCCAAAUGGCAGCAUUGGCGCUGUAUCUAACGCCUUUACUUGCUGCACCACAGUUAGUGAUGGGCUUGCCAAUUUGAGAUUGCCUGAUUUUUGUGAAAAAGAUAGCCGAGUACUUCUCCUUCAGCAAGAUAAGCAUCUUUAUAGGGUUCUAAGAUCUAAAGGAUUCAGUGUGCUGUCUCCACCAUAUACUUCCUGCACAAUUCCGUGGCAGGAAGAUCCUAGUUCGGACAUCCUCACUCAUCCUCAUUCUAAAGGGGUGCCUAGACCGUGCAAUUCAAUAUCGACAAAAUUGUCGGAGCUAUGUGAGAUGACAGAAGCUGCUGCUCAGUCAGACCUCAUGGAGCUGUCUGUACCCGAUGGAUCCAUAGGCAAUGGCUUUCUGGGAUCUGUUGAUGGCCUUCAAGAGUCUGUUGAUGGCCUUCCAGAACCAGGAGCACCAUCUUCCACUCCAGAACCCGCAUUUUGCCCGAAGUCUGAACACACUCCAGACACUGUCGCCUUUAGGGCCUAUGCCAGAAGGAUGGCACAGCGACUGAGAUCAUUCAGCAUUCUUACCAGCAUGUUUGAAAGCAGUCUCUUGCCUCACAUAGAUGAUGUUGUCGCUGUUUGUGCAGCGCUGAAUAAUCUUCAGGAUCCUUUAUCCUAAGGAGAGAUGUGUGUCCACUACCAUGUGUACAAGUUACUGAGCAGGAUGAAUGAUUGUGUGUAAAUAUGUUCUUGUAUCUUUUUUCUACUUGGCCAGAUGUUGAGCCCACUGAAAUUGAAUUUUACACAUAAAAAGCAGAAGGUUAUUUUGAAAACAUAACCUUCUUAACAACCUUAUAUUGAACUGAUACGUCAGUCAUCGUCAUAGUUUGGGAUGAACUGUUGGACUUUCAUUGAAUCUACAGGUACAUAUAUAUAGGAUCAAGCAAGUCUCAAAGUUGCAAUUACCCAAUCAAGUGCAAUAUGCAGUUAUGGUGUGCUUUAAUAAAAAUGUGGUUGGAAGCUUUGACAAUUAAGAUGGCAAGAUGCUUCACGAGCCGUGGAGCAAAGCCUGUGUGGAGGACUGUUAGUUGUUCAAGAAUGGACAUUGAGGUGGAGGGAAAUGAGGACAAGAACUGUAGGAUGAUGACGUCCUGUUGAAGCCUCCAAAUUCAAAGAUCGGAAUCACUUCAAUGAUGAGAAAACAUCAAAUAGAUUGUACUUACACAUGAAAGGCUCUCUUCAUUGGCAUUUUUCAGAAAUGUUGCCUGUGUGUAUCGGCAUAUCGUUUGUCAGGUUUUUCUGUGUGCAUUACUUUAAAGAGACACCACUGUUGCACAAAAUGGACCUUUAAGAAAAGAUUUACCGAUUAUUUUAAAAGCUUUGAAAUUUUAUUGAUUAACGUCCCUGGCGAAUGUCGCUGGGUUUUCAAUAAAUCUUACAGUUUAAUAUGAACAUGGA